AACGUGGCUUCGUCCGCCGGCGGAGCCCAGAGGAGCGGGACUUACUGGCUGGAUGAUGCCGUCGGGCUGGCCCGGGAGUUCGACGGCAUCGGCGCUGUCAGCGGCGGCGGGGCUACCUCCCGGCUUUUGGUGAAUUACCCAGAACCUUAUCGCUCUCAGAUUUUAGAUUAUCUUUUUAAGCCAAAUUUUGGUGCUGCUUUGCAAAUCCUCAAAGUGGAGAUUGGAGGUGAUGCGCAGACUACAGAUGGAACUGAACCAUCUCACAUGCAUUAUGAAGAUGAUGAAAAUUAUUUCCGGGGCUAUGAAUGGUGGCUGAUGAAAGAAGCUAGAAAGAGGAACCCUAAUAUUAAAUUGAUUGGGUUGCCCUGGGCUUUUCCAGGAUGGGUUGGGAAGGGUGAGAACUGGCCAUAUGAUCAUCCAGAUGUUACUGCCUAUUAUAUUGUCUCCUGGAUUAUAGGCGCUAAAAGAUUUCAUGAUUUGGACAUUGACUAUGUUGGGAUCUGGAACGAACGAUCUUUUAGCAGCAAAUAUAUCAAGCUUUUAAGAUAUACUCUGGAUAAGCAAGAGCUUCAGCGAGUGAGGAUCGUAGCCAGCGAUAACAUCUGGGAGCCCAUUUCGUUCUUCAUGUUGCUUGACCCUGAGCUCCGUGAAGUGGUCGAUAUUAUUGGGGCUCACUACCCAGGCACGACAACAGUACCUUCUGCCUUGUUAACCAAGAAGAAACUCUGGUCUUCAGAGGACUACAGUACUUUCAACGAUGAAUUGGGUGCAGGAUGCUGGGCUCGAAUCCUGAACCAAAAUUUCGUGAAUGGGAACAUGACUGCCACUAUUGCUUGGAAUUUAGUGGCCAGUUACUAUGAAGAUUUGCCCUUCGGCCGGUGCGGUUUGAUGACAGCCCAAGAACCAUGGAGUGGGCAUUACACUGUGAAUUCUCCCAUCUGGAUCACUGCACACACAACCCAGUUCACACAACCAGGCUGGCACUACUUGAAGGUAGAUGGGCAUCUGGAAGCAGGCGGCAGCUAUGUGGCUCUUACUGAUGGACAAGGCAAUCUUACGAUCAUCAUUGAAACAAUGACUCACAGCCACUCCAAGUGCAUCAGGCCACCGCUAUUGCCCUUCUCUGUGUCGCCCCAGAAAGCCUCUUUCCACCUCAAAGGAUCCUUCAGCAAACUGAAAUCUCUUCAGAUGUGGUAUUCUAAGCUUGAAUUUACAUCUGCCAACACUACUUUGUUUGAGUCCCUUGGGCCAAAAAAUGUCAGUGAAGGGGUCUUGACACUAAAUCUGGGUCUGGAUGAGGUCUAUACACUGACAACCCUGACAACAGGCCAUAAAAAACCUUUCCCAGAUCCGCCACCAUCCCAAUCUUUUCCGUCCAAUUACAAAGAUGAUUUCAAUAUCCGCGGCCCACCGUUCAGCGAGGCGCCAAACUUUGCCGAUCAAACCGGUGUGUUUGAGUAUUUUGUAAACACUUCUGCUCCAGAGGAGCACGUCUUUACUCUCCGACAGGUUGUCACUCAGAGGCCGAUAACCUGGGUUGCUGAUGCAGACAACACCCUCACCGUUCUAGGCAACUAUAAGUGGGUAAACCUAACAAUAACGUGCGACGUUUAUAUAGAAUCGGAUAAAGGAGGUGCGUUUGUUGCAGGGAGAGUUAACAAAGCUGGGACAUACGUCAGAGAGGCCAGAGGCGUUUUCUUCUGGGUGUUUCCUGACGGCACAUAUCGAGUCACUGGUGAUCUCCUUGGUGAAGAUGUCUUGAUGAAAGGGCUGUCUGGAGUGCGGCCUAAAGCAUGGCAUACGCUCACCCUGAUUCUUACGGGCUCCAAUGCUUCCGGCAUGCUAAAUGGCUACCCUCUCUGGGAGAAUGUCACCGUAUACUAUCCAGGGAACGGCUGGGCAGCUAUUGGGACGCACUCGUUUCAACUGACCCAGUUUGACAACUUUCACGUUCAGGCCAGCUGAGGCUUCUGUCACACUUGGUCAAGUCAAUUCUUUUCUCCUUUGAACUAGAGCCAAUUCAAACCUUGGAUAUUUUAAUUAUUUGUAAAUGACAUUGGAAGGGAAGUUUUCUUUCUUUCUCGUUGCUUUUAAGAAAGCAUUCAACUUUCUUCUAAAGUGUAAAUAUAUCUGUAUCUUCCUAAUUAGGAAAUUCUCAGAAUCCACUUUUAUCUCCUGGGUAGAAAGCAUUAGUUCCACAAAGUCCUUUUCUCUUUCUUUGCAAGCCUAGCCUUUUAAUUGUUGGAAACCGAAAUGGCCCAGCAUUAAUUUAAGAAAUGUUCAACAGAGAUUUCACCAAACUGCCAUUUUCAAAAUUUCCUGUAGCAAUGAAGUCCACUCCUUUCACUAAGAUUUAUCUUUCAAUCAGAUAAUAUAUGUAUAUGGCUAUUAUGAAAUGCUGUAAUUUUAAAGGUAUUUUGCCUCUUUUGUAUUCUAUCUGAAGUGAUGGAAUAAAGGGCUCCACGGAUUUAAAUGCCUUCUCCCAGGAAAUGAGAGCCUUCUAAUGUCUUAAUCCAGCCAUCUACUUUUAAUGAAUAAGAAACUAGCUGAUGACUGGCUUAUGAAGUGCCUUAUUUUAAACUACCUCUGCUGUUGAAAGUGCCUGCCCCUUAUUCUAAGGUUGAUAACGCCACAACUUGCCUUGUUUUGUUUUAGCUUUUCCUCUGCUUGUCUUGGUAAAAGGAAGGAGAUAAGGUCUUUAAAGGGUUGCUGAUGAAAAUUCACGGCCAGCUCACACAUGAAGGUGCCCCCCCCCAAAAAAAAAAAUCACUUUGAGAGCAUUUGAGGUUGCCAGGUUUACAGCUCACACGUUUGUGUGAACAUUCCUCUCCAUGUGGGUGUCUGAGCUUUCAUGAUGUUGGUGAUAAUGGGUUGGAGCCAACCCUCAACACAAGCAACCUCUGCUCGUGCAAUGGGACUUCUUUGUUAUCUCAGUCUCCUUCAGCCCCCUGUGCCCUAAAUCUGCUUUGAAGGGUCUCUCAACCCUCUAAACAGAUUUGGGGGCACACAGGGGGAGGGGAGAUCCAAUCCAACAGUGGUUCCCUUAUGCAAGAUGAACGAGGGCAUUGAAUAUGGCCCACUAUCUGCAAGGUGGACCUGGUUCAUACAAAUAGCUCCUCCAUGUGAGUCUGGUUACAGAACAAGAGGUGGCCUCCUGCAUUUCCACUGAAACGCAAUAUGAACUGACCUUAACAUAUAGAAGGUUUGGCAUUGACUGCUGAUCUGCUUACAGGUGUGGGCAAACUCAAGCAAUCUAUUUUGUUUGUUACUCACAACUUUGAGGUCUAUCAGCUGGAGCCAGGAGCAAAAUGUUGAAGGGAAGAACCAAAUACCACUAUGAUGGCUCAGGGGGUAGAGCUCGUUGCCUACUGCUGUCUCAGGAGGAAUACACUAACCUGCCUAUACAAGUUCAAACCAAUAUCUGAGUUACUACAGAUGAAGGAUUCUAGUGAUAAAACCGACGAACAGAACUGCACAAAAGCCUUGUCAAAGGCAGCCAUUAUUUUCUAAGGCAAGAAACACUGAAGCCAAGAGAUAAACACUUGACACAAGACAAGCCAUGUCAGACAGGUUUGUGUUGGUGUUUUUUUUUAUAAAAAAAACCUUGCUGUUUUGUUAAGCUGUUGGCCAUCAGAAGCUCUUGCCAAUCUAUUGUAAAUCACUCAGAGAUCUACCAGUAGGUCCUGGUCCCUUUAUCUUCACAAAUCCUCUCAUGUUCUUUCCUCUUCUUAAGUUGCUAAGUUACGAAAUGCAGGGUUCUUUGAAAUAAGUGGCCAACUUGCCAUACACUCUGCAGAAAGCUACACUGUUAGUUCAACUGUAUGCUGACCGAGUUGAUUGUUCUAGAAAAUGUCCCCAUUAAGAGCCCCCACCCCCUGUUUCCAUUUGAAGUAGAUUUCUGAGACAGACUGCCGGUUCAGACUAUCAUUAUCAUGGCUUGAUUGGCCAAGCUAUAUACGAGCCUUUUGCUUGUGGUCGAAGCCUCUUCACUGUUGAACCAGGAAGCCUCAUAGUUCCCAUUUCAUCCAAAUUGUGGUUAUUAGCUUUGGAACAGGCCAGGAUACUAAAUCAACUUCAAACCAGGGAUUGAUAUGCCAACUUGUUCUGAAGCAGGUAAUCAUAGCUUACUGUUUCAGAUGAAAUGGGAAACUAUGUUUAAAAGAAAGUUUCCUGGUUUAAACAUGACAAGGUGUGUCUGUGUGUGUGUGUGUGUGCAGGUAAAAGAUUAGUACAUGUCUUAGCAUAAUAAGCUGCAAUAGGAUUGUCUGAAUGCAACCGCUAUUAAAUAUGCUUUCAAUUUGGCUAAUUGAAGCUACCUUAUAGAGAUCAGUAUUUUGAGGCUCUGUCCUGCUUGUGUGCGAGCAGGUACAUAAAAAUUAAACACAUCCUUUUAAGGAAACAAUGUUUAUCAGGGUGUAUUGCAUACUAAAACUUUAGAAGCUAAAUAAACGGGGAACCUUCUGAUGGAUAUUCACAUGUGUCUUACAUGAAAUUGGAUGCCUUCUGCUAGUUCUGAUAUUGUCCAAACUUGCAGGUCAGAUCAGAUUCCAAAAUGGAAAUUGAGUUGUUUAUUACAACAUUUCAUUCUUGGUAGCUUGUAGAUGUAAGGACAUGAUUUAUCUGUUCCAAAGAAUUAAUUUUUUAAAAUCCCUUUUGCACUGGAUUAACAGAUGGUUCUAUUUUUGCACUGUGUACUAAAGGUUAGCAUAAUCAAGAGUUCAGUUUCAUGUUAAUUUAUGAAAUAGUUUAUUUAGAGCUGCUGUAUUGUGAGUGUGUUCAACGGGUUAAUGUUUGCUUUCCUAAUUCUUAACAAGCUGCCUUGAUGUUUCUGUAAUAGACAAAUGUAUGCAACUGCCAAACGUAAUGUUUCAAACUGAAAAAUAAACGCUGCUUAAAACCUU